GGCCCUGUUGCUCCAAAGUUGCAUUUGGGGCCAGCGGGGCGCGCCGGAACCCUGCUGUCCUUGGACCUUGCGCCGGAGGCAGCAAGCCUCACAGCAAAGACUGUGAGCGUUGGUCGUUGCGCAGACGCCGGGAGAGCAUGACUGACGACGCGACCAGGACCUUGGGGAAAGGGAGCUGCCCCCCAGGGCCGGUCCCUGAAGGCGUAAUCCGCCUCUACAGCAUGAGGUUCUGUCCCUACGCGCACAGGACGCGCCUGGUCCUCCGGGCCAAAGGCAUCAGACAUGAAGUUAUCAACAUUAACCUGAGAAACAAGCCUGAAUGGUACUUUACAAAACAUCCUUUUGGCCAAAUUCCUGUCCUGGAGAACAGCAAAUGUCAACUGAUCUAUGAAUCUGUCAUCGCUUGUGAGUACCUGGAUGACGCUUAUCCUGGAAGGAAGCUGUACCCAUAUGACCCUUAUGAGCGAGCUCGCCAAAAGAUGUUAUUGGAACUAUUCUAUAAGGUCCCGCAUUUGACCAAGGAGUGUCUGGUAGCAUUGAGAUGCGGGAGAGACUGCGCUGAUCUGAAGCUGGCCCUGCGUCAGGAGUUCUGCAACCUGGAAGAGAUUCUUGGCUAUCAGAACACCGUCUUCUUUGGCGGAGAUUGUAUAUCCAUGAUUGAUUACCUCUUUUGGCCCUGGUUUGAGCGGCUGGAUGUAUAUGGAAUAGCCGACUGUGUGAACCACACCCCCACGCUCCGGCUCUGGAUUGCAGCCAUGAAGCAGGAUCCCACAGUCUGUUCUCUUCUCACCGAUAAGAACACCUUCCUGGGCUUCUUGAAUCUCUAUUUUCAGAACAACCCCGCUGCCUUUGAUUACGGGCUAAGUUGCUGAGCCUUGCAGUCCAUCCCUUCACCACCCAAAAUUCCUAAGCCUGUCGUGAUUCUGCACUUCUUUUGGUGGGGCAGUCAGUCUCUCUUCAUUUUCUUGUAAGGUUCCAAAUAAAC